AUGGAUCGCCUUUCGCGAUUCCGCCGGCACAAGAAGGACAUCGCCGGGCCGGCGACAGCAAAGGCCGGCGAUGCAAAGCCUGCAGCUUCGAGGACCCCUUCUCCCUCGGGGCGCUCUCUCGCCGCGCCUCCCCAACUCCCCAGAGAGAAGCACUCGCGCUCUCCCUUCCGCGGCCUCCACCUGCGUUCGUCUGCAAAGCGUGCGCGCGAGUCUCCGCAACCGCAGUCGCCCACGACGACAGCGACCUCGCUGGAAGACGCUCUCAAGAGGCAAACCGAGUCGCCGAUCAACAGGGACAGCGCGAGUCAGAAUGGCGAGCUGCAGUCCGGAGACGGCAAGCCCAAGAUGCCGCAGUUUCUAUCUCUCCCACAAGCAGCGAUAGAGAACAAGUUCCAAGACCUCGUCUGGCUCGAGCGCAACCGCCAAAUGCAGAGCAUAGCCAACCCGUCGCCUGACUUCCGCUGGGCCCGCGUUACCGGCCCUCACCUCAGGGUCCUAGACCGGUACAUGAACAUCCAGCCUUUCAACAAUAACCGAGUCAAGUUACAGGUCCCCUCGGGCCAUGUAGACUACAUUAACGCUUCGCCGAUCACUCUGACGCCCACGCACUCGACGAACCCCUCGAGACCGCCAGACCGGUAUAUCGCGAUGCAGGGGCCCAAGCAGGUCUCCACAGACCACGUCUGGAGGAUGGUGGUGGAGCAGCUGACCUCGCCCGCCGUCAUCGUAAUGCUGACAGAGACCCACGAGGCGAACAUGGAGAAAUGCUUCCCCUACUUCCCGCGGCGGGUGGGCGAAGUUCUCGAGGUCAACGAGGAGGACGAGUUCGGCGACGGCUUCAGGGCUAGCGUGCUGUGCGAGGGCAUGGAGGAGACCCCGGCUGGCGAGGCCAUCGAGUUGCGCAAACUCAUUGUGCGGGUUCACAAGAAUCAACAGCAAUCGGCCGCCGUGAGCGGCGGCACCAACGGGGCUACGGACGAGUCGCAGGACGUCGUCAUGAAGUCGCCCCCUCCGACCCAGACGUCGCACGUGGCCAUGGCAUAUUCGGCGAACGGCGAGAGCACGUCCAACGGCACCUCAGAGGCAGACGUGGCGGAGCCCGCUCGUGAGGUGGAGCUGGAGGAAGAGCGAGUCGUCUACCACUUUCUGUACAAGAAGUGGCCCGACUUUGGCGUGCCCGCCCUCGAGGAUCUCGACUCGUUCUUCCAGCUCAUGCGCCUGUCGAGGGAGAAGAGCUCGAGCCCGGAGAACCCGCGGAUAGUGCACUGCAGCGCCGGCGUCGGGCGGACGGGGACCUUCAUCGCCCUGGAGCACCUGAUGCGGGAGCUCGAGGCCGGCGUGCUGGAGAACUUUGACGACGCCGGCCGGCGGCCCAAGACGGCGUCGACCACGACGACGACCAGCAACACCACCACCGCCAGCGGGGACGGGAUCACGACGAGCAGCGACGGGCACAACAGCAGCAGCCUCAAGGCCAAGGAGGCCAAGGCGGCGGCGGCGGCGGCGGCGGACGACGAGCGCGACAGCAUCCAGGCCGGCGAGGCGGGGAGCGCGGACGACGAGCCCGACGAUCUCAUCUUCGACACGGUCAACCAGCUGCGCGAGCAGCGCCGCACCAUGGUCCAGGCCGAGGCGCAGUACCUCUUCCUGUACCAGGUCCUCCGCAAGCUGUGGCAGGACAAGUACGGCGUCUUCGACGAGGUCGGCGAGCCCGCCGCCAAGCGGCAGGAGGUCGACCCCUUUGUCGAGGAGAAGCCGGGCGCUGUCGUCGCUGCUGCUGCUGCUGCUGCUGCUGCUGCUGCGGCGCCGAGCGGCGGCGGCCCGCGGGGACCCAUGUCCUCGGCCGCUCGAGAUCCGGGUGCGUACAGCUACAUAUACAUGGCGCACAAUUAA